AUGAGUAAGAAUUUGCCCUUGUUAUCUAUUCAAGAAGUGAGUAAACACAACCAUGUGAAGGAUUGUUGGGUCACUUUGUACCAAAGAAAAAUCUACAAUGUGACCGGGUUUUUAGAAGAACAUCCUGGUGGCGCUGAGAUCGUUUUGCCAUAUGCUGGUAAAGAUAUCACAGGAAUCAUGGCUGAGGCGCUGUCUCAUGAACACUCAGAAAGUGCCUAUGAAAUCUUGGACGAUGGAAUGUUGGUUGGGUACUUGGCAACCGAGGAUGAAGAGAAAGGGUUAUUGAGGAAUAAGAACAACACACCAGUUGAGGUUAAGUUGGUGAAUAACGAUGGCAAGGAUUUUGAUAUGUAUGAGUUCCAUGACCAUUUACCAGCAGAAGAAAAGUUAUCCAUUCAAACUGAUUUCGAAGAAGAUACUAAAAAGCAUCGCUUUUUGGAUUUGAACAAACCAUUGUUGAUGCAAUUAUUGACUAGUGAUUUCUCCAAGGACUUUUACUUGGACCAAGUCCACCGUCCAAGACAUUACGGAAAAGGAUCUGCACCUUUGUUUGGAAACUUCUUGGAGCCAAUUUCUUUGACACCAUGGUGGGUUAUACCUAUGGUUUGGUUGCCUCCCAACCUUUAUAUUUUCUAUAUUGGGUUUGUCAACCAAAGCCCCAUUACUGCGUUGAGUUUAUGGGUGAUGGGAUUAUUUGUCUGGACAUUGGUGGAAUAUUGUUUACAUCGUUUCUUAUUCCAUUUGGAUUACUUUUUGCCCAAUCAUCCUUAUGCAUUUACUGUCCACUUUCUUUUGCACGGUGUCCACCACUAUUUGCCCAUGGAUGGCUACAGAUUAGUUUUGCCACCAGCCAUGUUUUUGGUUUUAGCUUUCCCAUUCUACAAGUUGAUUUUUUCAAUAUUUCCUUUCUACAUGGCGUGCUCGGGAUUUGCAGGUGGUACUUUGGGUUAUAUCAUGUAUGAUGUGACUCAUUAUGUGUUGCAUCACACCAAGUUACCUAAAUACUUUCAAACUGUGAAGAGAUUACAUUUGGAGCAUCAUUACAAGAACUACGAGUUGGGCUUUGGUGUAACAUCUCCCUUUUGGGAUGUCGUAUUUGGUACAGAACUUACCAAUACUUUUGAGAAGAGAAAAUAG